AUAAAAUGAAACCUCGUCCGAAGAAGACAACUAUUAAAGCAUUCAACCAGAAAGAUUACACAUUUGAUCCAGAAGGACUCCUUGUUGUUAAGAAAAUACAUAGGAAACAGAGUAUCCAGGAUCAUGCAUUUGGGGAUUAUCAGAAGCAGAGAGAUUUUGGGGAGGACCAACCUGUUGUUUUAACAUCUGGUAAUCAGAUGAAGGUCAGAGAUGAGUAUUUUUACAUGAACUUUACGGAGCAAGGUAGAAGGACUGUGCUUGAGAAACAGCCGAAAGAUUAUGCCAAACUUAUUAUGAAUUCAUUAUUUAUCAAAAGAACUGAUUUCAAACAUUUCAAUAUUCGGAGCAAAUCAAGAAACAUUCAAGCUCAAGAUACUUGGAGCAAAAGUCUCCAACAUAUGAGAGAAAUUCCAGAUACGACUAAAUAAAGAAAAAGUCAUGAAAAGAUUUCAAAGCCUGGAAUCUGCAAAGAAACUUUGUGAGCUUCUAAAAGAAAACCAAACUAAAGACCCUAAUGUCCCAUCACUAAGACCCCAAAUCUGGAACAAGUUCAUUAAAACCACAAGGAACUUAUGAAUAAAACGACGUAACAUCCCUCUGAGCCAAAGGACCACCAGAAGAGAAGCCCACAAGAGAAACAUCAAAGUAUUAACACAGAAACAUCCCAAGAGGCCAAAGAGAACAGCAGUCUCUCAUAGAGUCCCAGAGAGGCUGAAACCAAAGAAACCGCAGUAAAUUUUCACAAAU